AUGUUUUGUUGGGGGAAUUGAAGAUGGAGGGGGCCAUCAGUUAUGGAAAUGUGUUUUACAUUGGCUGGCAGGGUGUCCUAAUUUUUUGACGUGACUUCACUUGGAAGUUGAAACGACUUUAUUUACUGGUUCCACAUGUCACUGCAUUACCAGACAAUUAGAUAUUUAAAUAAGUUUUUUUGGCUUUAUUUUCUGGUUUGGUUGUCUGGAUAAUUGUUUAAACAGUUAAUAAUCACGAAGCGUCUUGAUAAAUUCUUAAUAUGUUUAUGUUCGACAAUCACAAAUUUAUUACACUCUUGCUUGUAUUAAUUGUAUCAUGCUUAAAUUUUCAGUUUGUUGGUUUAAAUGACUUGAAAAUUUUAACAAGUUUGUUGACCAACUCAUGAACUAGGCAAUUCCAACCUACUGCAAUUUUUACCUUAAGCAAUCUAUCUCUCCAAAUUUGUAUUUUACUUGUACUAUUUUUGUAUUUGUUCUCCACAGUGGAACUGAAUCAGUAGUUCCUACGUAAUCGAGUGAAGACUAUUUGAAAAUAGAAACUAAUUGUUAUACUCCCAGUUUUUUAAUUAAUCAUUUUAUAACUGAUUCAAAGAAGAAUUUUCAGUACAAGGCAGUAAACUGGAAUGUUCUCGGAUGUCAUAUUUUGUUCCUCCUGGUCUACCAUGUGAAAUUAGAUCCUGGUAGCUUGUAUAUGUUCGUAGUUAUUAUGAAACAGUCUAGGCAUCUGCAUACUAGAUCUUCUUGAUUUUCUUCUUUAUGCUGAAACAUCAAUUCAGUGUUAAUGGUUUUCUGGUUUUUGGGACAAGAAGCAUGUAGAAAUAUUGCCCCUGUCCACAAUGAGGGUCUAUUUUCUGAUUCCUUUCAAUUAAAUUGUCGCAUAUUCUAUCGAACUUCUGCUCUAGUUUUUCUAAUCUAAAAAAGGAAUUUAUUUUUUAGUUGUUAGCUAGUAAGUAUUUUAUUUUUAUUUUUUCUCGAAUUAUAAGCACUGUUGAAAGUUAUAAUUGUUUUUCACAUAACAAGAUAAUUCUCAUCUCCUAUUGGAUUCUAAUAUUGCCUGCUAUACCGACAACAUUUAGCUCCAAAUAUCGUGCAAUGUAUGUUUGCUAACAACAUUUUGGAGCGCAAGUAUCUGUUCGUUUCUUUGCAUGUUGCGAGAAACUUACUAUCCACGACUCUUUGUCAAUUAGACCAAAAUACAAUGAAGCGCCAAGUGACAACCACCUUCAUUUCUCUGAUGAGCUUUAUCUUGAUGCAACAAGCCUUUUGCACUGAUACUUCCGAUGCUUCCAUCCCUGGAAACUGGACGUGUAAAUGCUUUUCUCCAUACCAAGAAAAUCAGAGAUUAGCACUUGCUGCAAACUGUUCUACAUCAUGUUCGUGCACGCAGGAUGCAGGGGGAAUUGGAUUGUGGACAUGCAUCUGUGCAACUGAUGGCUUUCCAAGAGUUGCAGCCGAUCACCGUGAUUCUAACUGUUUUACGUCCUGCAACUGCUCUUCUGGACUGCUUCCGGAGCCACCCUCGUCUAAAAGGCAUAUUUCGAGCAAUGUGGUUGUGAUUAUUCUCCUACUAUGUGUAAUAAUCAUAACAUUAGCAUUCCUCGUCUUAGUGGUUUGCUAUCUUUCUCAAAGGGACAAGUGCCGUGUUCGAACCCCAAUAUUUUCAUUAGAUAAGCAAUUGAGCUACAACAGCUUGACCAACCUAAUUAGUCACAAGAGUUCUUCAACACCAGAUAGCAAGUUUACGAUGGGUUCCCCUGUGAAUAACAUCAAAGGAUGUUUUUACAUGAAUCAAUGCUUGUUGAGGACUAGAUCUCGGAGCAUGUGUGGGAUCAUUAUCCAAUUCUCAUACUCGGAGUUGGAAAAUGCAACAAAUAAGUUUUCAAACUCCCAUCUUGUAGGACGUGGGGGAAGUAGCUUUGUCUAUUGUGGUGAGUUGAAGGACGGUAGAACGGUGGCAGUCAAGCGGCUCAAUAUUCAAGGAGGAGCGGACGUGGACUACUUGUUCUUAACAGAAAUACAACUGUUAUCAAGACUUCACCAUUGUCAUGUAGUGCCUCUACUUGGCUACUGCACAGAGUCAAGAGGCAAACAUACUGAAAGGCUUUUGGUAUAUGAAUACAUGCCAAAGGGUAAUCUAAGGGACUGUUUGGAUGCGGCUUCAGGGGAAAAAAUGGAUUGGGGUACUCGGGUUACAAUCGCUUUAGGAGCUGCUAGAGGCUUGGAAUAUCUUCAUGAAGCAGCUGCUCCCAGAAUUUUGCAUAGAGAUGUCAAGUCAACAAAUAUUCUUUUGGACAAAGAUUGGAGAGCAAAAAUAACAGAUCUUGGAAUGGCUACAAGGUUACGAGGUGAUGAUCUUCCUAGCUGUUCCAGUUCUCCAGCAAGAAUGCAGGGGACUUUUGGGUAUUUUGCUCCAGAGUAUGCAAUUGUUGGAAGAGCCUCUUUGAAAUCUGAUGUCUUCAGUUUCGGAGUAGUUCUUCUUGAACUCAUAACUGGUCAGCAUCCUAUCCACAAAUCAGCAAGCAAAGGAGAGGAAAGCCUUGCAAUAUGGGCUGCUCCCCGGUUGCAAAAUAGUAGACGAGUUGCAACAGAAUUGCCCGACCCACAAUUACAUGGAAUGUUCCCGGAGGAAGAGAUGCAGAUAAUGGCUUACUUAGCGAAGGAGUGCUUGCUGUUGGAUCCUGAUGCUAGACCCACCAUGACCGAAGUUGUUCAAGUUCUUUCAAAUAUUGCUCCAGAUAAAUCAAGAAGGAAUAACAUUUCUGCAAAUGUUUUUCAGGGGAGGCUAUCAGCCUGUAGUAUGGAGAGUGAACCAGACAUUGUAAAGGACGACGUGAAUCCUUUAGCGAAACAAGUCCAUACUGAGGCGAGCUCCAUUGACAAUGUGACGCAAAGGCAAGAUUCAUUCCGGAAAUGGCCCGAUCGUUCUCUUUGUGCUGGCAACAAUGGUAACCUAGAUAUCAUUUCUUCCGAGUAUAUUGAAAGACUAGUACACUUGACAUCAAAGGGUAACAAUCUCCGAGUCCCAGAUGAUGAAAUGGUGGACCUGACCGAGCCACGGUUCGAGUCAUUCUGCAUUGUGAAUGUUAAAUCCUCUUCAUAAAAGCUAUUUGAUCAUGGCAAGAGUAUCAAAGUCUCAUAUCACACCACAGUUUUCAUUACUUCAGAAAAUAGAAACCAUAAAGCCAACAGGGCCCAAAUUUGAUCCAUGGUUUCCUCCCACUACCCUUCAUACAAAAGAGAGGAGGGGUAAAAAAAAGUGAAGAACUGGAUGCUCUGUGACUACAAUGUCUCGUCCUCGUGUAUACUUUUGCUCGUGUACAGAGAUGGUUAGGGAAAAUCUUACAAAGAAAUUCGUUAAAUGGGUUUAUCAAGUUCUGUCAUUUUUUUUCCCAACAAUGGAGUUGGAAAGGUAUGAAAUGCUGCAGCCCCUUCAGGCAAAAGAAGUUUGAAUUGCUACAUUUGUAAAUGCAAAAUAUACAUGGGAUGAUCUCAAUUUUGUAUAAUUCACCGACAUUUCUCACUCUUCUAAAAAAUGGAGGUUCACAUCC